GGGACUUGCAGCAGAUGUGAAGAGAUGAGUGUCAGUCGUCAGAGGUGAAUCAUUGUGGAAAGAUGAAGCUUCUACUGAGCUGUCUGCUUCUGGCUUCGCUCUGUGAUCUCUCAUCUUGGAGUGUUUCAUCAACAGGCACACUUGAUGUGACCCAGACUGCUGAUGUCUCUGUCAUGGAGGGGGAGACGGUAAACAUCACCUGCUGCUGGACAGAGACAAUUGGAAGAAUGAGAGUUAACUGGCUGAAAAACCAAACAGAAAUAAAGAAUAUAAUUAGAACAAAUACAUCUCAAGGAUGUCAGCAGAAGAAGGCCUGUAACUGUUCAACCUUGACCUUUGCAAAUAUCACAAGAGAGGAUGAAGGGAAAUACUACUGCAAGGUGAAUGUGGAGAUACCAAGUUUAACUGUGGUUAAAGGAAAUGGUACUGUUAUCACAGUUAAAGACAGAGACAACAUAAAGGACAAGACAGAAGAAGGGAGUCCUUCAUCUUCUACCGGCAAUUCACUUCCCCUGAUCAUUACCCUGGCUGUAGUGGCUCCAAUACUGCUCCUCACUCUCCUCUGUGUCUGCAUACUGCGAAGGAAACAAGCGAUAGCAGCCAGGGUGAUCUACGAGGUUCCGCACUUUGACUCUGAGGUGACAGACAUGGACAAACACAGCACCAGCUCCUCCAAAGGCUCCUCUCAGUGGUGUCAGGUGCCGGUGUAUGAAUCCUUUGAUUACUUUGAACACACGGACAAGAAACAAAGUGAAUAAGGAUCUGCAGGGAAUCUCAUCUCCCAGUAUUUUCUAUUUUUACUUUUCUGCAUGUAUAUAAUGUACAUUCACUUCAUUUUCUU